AUGAUUAACAAAACCAUUAAAUCUCUUCCAAUUACAGAGCUUAUACAGCGUGAUCUGGUGGCGGUACAGGCAGAAGUGCCUAGUACUAGGGGGACGAGAAUAAUAGUUUUUGCAUCUCUGUACCUCCCUGGCGACGCAGAGGAAGCGGUGUCUCUCGAGCUCCAGCAGCUUACAGAAUACUGCCGUAUCCGAAACCUACAGUGGGUAAUGUGCUGCGACGCCAACGCACACCAUACAGUAUGGGGAAGCACAGACAUCAAUACACGAGGUGAGUCACUUUUUGAUUAUAUCACAACUAACAAUUUAAUGGUAGUUAAUAAAGGUAACGAACCUACUUUUGUAAAUGCGAUAAGGGAAGAGGUAUUAGAUCUCACUUUAGCAAGUGCAUUUAUAUCAAAUAACAUUUCAAAUUGGAGGGUGUUAGAGGAGAACUCCUUAUCAGAUCACAAAUAUAUACGCUUUGAUUUGGAAGGGGAAGUUGAAGACACUUUCGAAAUAAGAAAUGUUAGGAAGGCCAACUGGUCUCUAUAUAACUUCUAUUUAGAACAAAACAUUAGUUGUCUUGGGAAUAGGAUUACUAAUUGUCAGGAACUAAAUCUUGAGGUUAACAAACUAGAAAAUAUUAUUACAGGGGCUUUUGAAAAUAGCUGCGAACUUAUCAAAAAGAAACGUUCUAGGAAAGUCCCAUGGUGGAAUAGAGAACUAGAUAUUUUACGCAAAAAAGCCCGCCAGCUCCUUAAUAGAGCCAAGUCCAAUGGGGACUGGGCAUCUUACAAGUGUGCCUUAACGGCUUACAAUAGGGAAUUGAGGAAAUCAAAGAGGGAAUCAUGGAGGAGGCACUGCGAGGAGAUUGAAACACUUCCUGCGGCUGCGAGACUCCAGAAAUCUCUAAAUAAAGACCACUCAAAUAGCCUCUCUACAUUAAAGAAGGCUGACGGAAGCUUUACGGUAAGUCUGGAAGAAACGGGACAGCUUUUGCUGGACACUCAUUUUCCAGGCUGCGCCAUGUAUACUGAGACUACGGAAACCAUCGAGGAUACUCGUUUCUUAUUGGUUACACGAAGGGAUCUUUCACUGGCCCGUAAAAUCUUUACAGUCAAUAAAACUAAAUGGGCCAUUUCCACUUUCAGCCCGUUUAAAUCACCUGGUAUCGAUAAUAUACAACCGUGCCUUCUUCAGAAAGGCGUUGAUAUAUUAGCACCGAUAUUAACAAACUUAUUUAGGAUAAGUCUAGAAUUAGGCGUAAUACCUAAACAUUGGACGAAGGCUAGGGUAGCUUUCAUACCGAAAGCAGGCAAAAAGGCGGACCACACGCCAAAAGCUUUUCGGCCCAUUAGCCUUACUUCUUUCCUGCUUAAAGCAAUGGAGAAGAUUCUAGAUCAAUAG